UAUGUUUACGGCGCGAAGCAUGUGCGGAAUGCGCGACCUGUGCGCAAAAAGAGCCAGGAGCAGCCUGCAGUUUUGAGACUUUCUUGGAGAGGGGCCGGGACUCUGGGCAUCAUGCACACGGAUGUUGUGCUGCUCAGCCUGCUGCUUUGGAUGGUCGGUGUGUCCGGGCAGAAGCGUCCCAGAGGACAAAUACUGCAGCCGUACAGACACUUCAGAUCGAAACGAGAAAUGCCUCCAGCAGAAGUAUCUGGUUGCAAAGUUGGCAGCCCCAUUUUCAAGAGGAGUCCAGACGUGACUAAAGCCUGGGGUACAAAAUCAGACACCCUGCUGAAGCUAGAUGAACAUGACUUCACAAUGCGACCAGGUUUUGGAGGGCCUGCAGUCCCAGUUGGAGUGGAUGUUCAGGUUGAAAGUCUGGAUGCAAUUUCCGAGGUUGACAUGGACUUUACAAUGACCCUGUAUCUAAGGCACUACUGGAAAGAUGAGCGUCUAGCCUUCAGAAGCAACACCAAUCACAGUAUGACUUUUGACGGCCGCAUAGUGAAGAAAAUCUGGGUACCCGACAUGUUUUUUGUCCACUCAAAGAAGUCCUUCACACACGACACGACCACUGACAAUGUCAUGCUGCGAGUUUACCCCGAUGGCAAAGUCCUCUACAGCCUCAGGGUGACAGUCACAGCCAUGUGUAGCAUGGACCUGAGUCAUUUCCCUCUCGAUACGCAGACAUGCUCUUUGGAGAUUGAGAGCUAUGCGUAUACAGAUGACGACCUGAUGCUCUACUGGAAGGAAGGGAACAGGUCACUGAACACAGAUGAGAGAAUUUCUCUCUCCCAGUUUCUCAUCCAGGAGUUCCACACGACCACCAGGCUGGCCUUCUACAGCAGCACAGGCUGGUACAACCGUCUGUACAUCAACUUCACUCUGCGGCGUCACAUCUUCUUCUUCCUGCUGCAGACCUACUUCCCUGCCACUCUGAUGGUCAUGUUGUCCUGGGUUUCCUUCUGGAUCGACCGCAGGGCCGUCCCUGCCAGAGUGCCGCUGGGUAUAACUACGGUGCUCACCAUGUCCACCAUCAUCACUGGAGUCAACGCCUCCAUGCCGAGGGUCUCGUACAUCAAAGCUGUGGAUAUCUACCUCUGGGUCAGUUUCGUCUUCGUUUUCUUGUCGGUGAUAGAGUACGCUGCUGUCAACUACCUGUCAACUCUGCAGGAACGCAAGGAGAGGAAACAGCGAGAGAGGCUGCCGUGCACAUGUGGCGUGGACCAUCCCGGCAUGAUGUCAGCCAGCUACAGCGAGGUGGACGCCAACACCACCGGGAACUACGGCAUGCGUGAGGAGAACGGGGUGAAACGGGAGAGGAUGCUGGUGCAGCUGGCGAUGGAGAGCGACCAGAUUACCGGCCACGUCGGCUCCACCGUCUACAGCAGUGUCUGGAUCGACACGCACGCCAUAGACAAGUACUCCCGGGUCGUCUUUCCUGGAUCUUACAUCCUCUUCAACAUCAUCUACUGGUCCAUCUACUCCAUCUAAGGCAGAUGACUCUUAAACAGACCUGAAGCUACCAGAGGUCUGAACGCUUCCAGCAGAAGUGUGAAAAAUCUGCCUUCUUAACUGAUACGCUUGUAGUGAAGUGGAGCCUUGUGCACUGAAAUCAUAUUUUCAGGUUUUUGCAUUUGCAAAUUCAGAAGAGGAAAAGAAAGACAGACUUGUGUGCAAUUGACGUCUUUCAGGUAGACUUUACUCCCUCUCAAAAAAAAAAAAAAAAAACGGAGGUUCUGAUAUGGACCAAAUCUACGCACAACACAUUCUACUUUGACAUUUAUGACUGUUCAAAAUUUUGGACCGGACAGAACCUCGGAGGACCUGGGAACAGUUUAGCAGGACUAAAUAAAUCCCAUGGAAAAAUAUAUGUUAUAAUAGAACUGACCCUGUCAUGUACUCAUUGUCAGAAGUUUCCUUCAAAAAUAGACAAUUAUUAUUUUCAAGAUACCCCAAAACGCUUUACAUAAUAUGUUAAACACGCCAUAAGCAGGAGGUAGCACAGAACAAUAAUCACAUGUUAAAAGGUCAGUUUUAUUGUGGAAGAAUCCUUGUCUUGUCCCUUCUUGGUCCUUGAUACUGCAGGCAGAGAUGCUUUAGAGCCUGGCAAACGCUUUAAUUAAGGAUUUAAAAGAGAUGGUAGGCUGCAUAUCAGUAUAAGUUGAGCGUAAACGUAUUUUUUUUUGUGGCCUCAUGUCCAUUUGGAUGGUUCAGUUUUAGUGGCUGCUUGAAAACAGGUCAUAAUUUUUCUGUUUCUAGUAGCAUUACUUCCAUUUUUUGAGCUCUUUCUAGCACAGGAGAAGAUAAAGAGUCAUGCAAAAAACAUUAUUCCAUCUGUGAGUCCACAAUGUAGAAUGGCAUCACCAGCACUGUCCUCCUUUCUCUAUAAGUUCCUACUCAUAUCACUUGGUGUCUUUGUAAACCCAAACUGACAGGUGCAGAACAUUGUCGCAUUUUGUUCUUUGGACCAACACAUGAACUGUAGCUAAGUCAAAGUGAGAUACAUUCAAGGCUUUUGAAUCAAUUUGUAUCUUUUUGAAUCAGUGAGGACCCUAUCUGCAGUCAAAGACAUUUGCUUUACCAGAUCUAAGUAGAUCUCAUCUACAUGAAUAUGCGUAUGUUUUGUUAUGUGUGAACUGAUUCAUACAGAGAAGCUGAACGGACAAAAAUACUGUACAAUCAUGUGAGGACCUUUUGAAAGAAAACAUGCAGUUUUAUAUGGAGGACAAACAAUGUCUUAAGUAUAAAUAUAAGAAUAAAAGCAGAAAUAUUAAAUUAAUGCUGUUAUUUAAUUAUGAUAUUCCAAUGCAUCAACUCCUCUUUAUUUUUGUAUUUCUACAUUUCUUCAUUUGUUUUGUUCUGUGUUCAGUUCAAUUUAAUUCAGUGUCAUCUCACAGCGCUUAGCAUAGUGAGGUACAGACCUUACAAAUUAUAAACAGAAAUCAGAAAACCCAACAAUUAAAAGAUGCCUUUGUGUUCCCUAUGAGCGACGGUGGAAAGGAACGAAAAAAACGCUGGGAUAGGGAGGGGGGACAAGCCUCUGUCAGGAUAUCGUACAAUAAGGUCUUUAAGAUAUGAUGAAGCUUGGUCAUUAAGAGUUUUAUGUGAGAAGCAGGAUUUUAAAUCCUAUCCUGGAUUUUACAGGGAGCCAAUGAAGAGAAGCUGUAUCUAUAUGCAAAUUAGGUGGGUGUUCUUAACCUCAGUCUAAAGCAGGAUUUGUCAGCUGGGAAAACCAGAAAUGUAGAAAUGAAGAAAUGCCUUCAAUAAAAUUUCAUGUAUUUAAAUGUAGAAACAGAUUCAAGACAAUAAUUUAAUCAUGCCUCUUUUUAUUUAUGUAUUUAUUGAUUGAUCUAUUUACAUAUGUGUUUUUUGUCCUCUGUACAAAACUGCAUGUUUUUCUGAAGUGUCAAAUCACAAUUCAAGAGUUUUAAUCACGUUCUGAUGUGUAGCGAAAAACAUUUCUGUCUCUGCAUGUUUUUUCACUCCAUGUGUUGUGUUUUGUAUGACUCUUAAUUUGACAGAGAGCAUCGGGGUUUUUGAUAAAAGGUUGUUUUUUUGUGUGUGUGUGUGUGUGGUCCAGUCAUUGCAUUGUGACACAACAUCAUUGUGGUUCCAUCUGCACAGUAAUAAAUACACUAAAAUAAUUUUACACUUUACAUUUACAUUUGUUGAAUUUUUUUUUUGCUUAUUUUUAUUUUUCAUUCUUAAAUCAGGUCUUCAGUUUUAUUUUUAGUUUUUUUGUCUUUGUCUGGUCAUUUGAUCUGAUCCUUCAUACAUUUGAACUUCCAAUUUAGUAGCUGUCACCAACUUUAGCGUACAUCUAAGAAAGAAUUGGAGUUUUUUCUACUUCACAUGUCCAUUUCUUUUAUCUCUCCUCAUGUGCAUAGUGGCAUAAUGAAUGAUGGCUGCUGACUGCGUGGUAAGUCAGUGUACAGACUUUGUGAUUAAAAUGGUUUUCUUACAGCA